AUGGCGAAAUGGACGAUGACGCACUUUGUGCUGUCCGCGGCACUGGGCCACGCGCUGGCAUACCUGGCGACCUCGGUCGACGUGCUGGUCGUGGGCGCUGGGCAAGCGGGGAUGUCGGCCGCCUACGCGCUGCGCAAGAUGGGCCUCUCCGUGCAGAUCUUGGAAGCCACGGAUCACGUAGGUGGGCGCACGCGGAAUGUGGAUGUGCGCACAGGGCAAUCGGAUGUGGAGACGGAUGAUGUCAUCGAGACUUGGGUUCGACCAGUCGGAGGAUUGGUCGAGUACAGGAUCAAAGCUUGGAGGUUCUCCACCCAGCUGGGUGGGAGCACUUGGGAGCACCGGCCCGAGGAAAUCGGUGGCACAUGGCUGAGCCCGGAGCAUUCUGCAGCCUUACGUUUGGCCACAGAGCUGCUGGGCAGGGUGGGCGUUGUGAUCAGACCUGGCCGGUAGAAAGAAGGACACAUGUGAGGAUGUUACUUUCAAGACUGGGUGGUCUGAGCAGAUCUUGGUGUUAGCCGAUCGUUUGCACAAUUUCUUUGCCAACAGCAAGCUUGCUUGUGCGUUUAGAAAGGAUCUUUACAUCACUGGUUGGCCCACCAGUCUCAUGAAACUCACUGCUCCCUUGUGGCUCAGCGAAACCCAUCCUUUGACCCA